AUCAACUAGAGCCUUUAGAAUAUAGUGGAGUACUGCGAGGACGUGUUUCAGAAGCGUUCACCUAAGAGGCAGUGCGUCUCUGCAGCCCCGCGCCCAGCCACACACCAGCCAGUAGAGCACUCCAGUAGAGCGUCAGCCUAACGAGAGGAAGGGUAUUCGCGCCUCUUCUCCUCUCUCGCUCCGUCACUUGCUUCGCCUACGCGGUCUUCCAUACCAACGCCACACGCUCUUUUAGUAAGUGAUGCCCACGCCACUGGAGCCUUUGAAGGGCAUAGUGAACGGAGCAGACAGUUAACUAUAAUUGGAGAUAUUACUGAAAUAUUACUUAGCAUGGAUUCAAAGCCGAACAAAAGAAAACAGAAUGUGAGAAUAUAAUAAGAUAGAAACUCUUUCAGUACAAGGGACGUGAGAAGAUAAGAGAUACAAAACAACAGUGUGAACAAAUAGACAGUUAACUUAAAAUCACAUCGUAGAUAAGGAACUGGAACUUGGCAUAGAUUUUAAGCCGAAAGGAAAGAAAGGAAGAAAGGAAGAAGAUCGUGAGAAGAUAAAAGAUAUUGUAAGAAACUCUCUCAGUAUAUAAACACAAGAGAAUAAGAGAAAUAAGAAGAUAGAGAGAUAAAAAAGAAAAAAAUACUUUCUCAAUAUAUAAACACGAGGAAACAGGAAAAGUGAGGAAAUAGAGACAAAAGUAAUACAAACACGAGAAAAAAAAAGAGAAAUCCAAGCAUAAAUAGAAAAUGUAUGACAAAUAAGCACAGGAUAGUUAGUGAGAGUGGUCAGCGGGUAGUUAAGAGCAAUUAGACCCAAACUACUGAUACUAGCACUAUCCCUGUUCUCUACCCGAGUGUGUGACCUGACCUGACCUUAGUGUGACCUGUUCAUCAUGUGGUCACUGCCCCUCGCUGCCCUCCUCGCCUUGACCUUGCCUGGCUGGUGCUCGUGGCCAGUGGGACCCUCCUUCGUGGACGCCCCUGUCAAUGUGACCGUCAGUGAAGGGUCCCAUGCUUUCCUCCCCUGCAGAGUUGCCAACCUGGGCGACAGAUCGGUGACGUGGAUGCGGAGUCGCCGGCUGCACAUCAUCACCGCGGGCCUUCUCACCUACUCCCCCGAUGACCGACACAGGGUAUUGCAUCCCAAGGGCACGGACGAGUGGAGCCUGCUGAUUCGCCACGCCCGGCCAGGUGACGCGGGGUGGUACGAGUGUCAGGUAAACUCCGAUCCGAAGAUUACGACGCCGGUACUGCUGGUGGUGAAAGAUGCAAAUUUGGAAGACCCUUUCUAUCUACCAGAACACGAGGGAACUGACAACUGUAUAACAGUGUCUCCUCCUCCUGCCUCAGUCACCCAGGCGCGCAUUGAGGGGGCGCAGGAGAGGUACAUUCAGGAGGGCAGCAUCCUGGCGGUGACCUGCACAGUGGAGCACGAGGGGCGCGCCGCAGUGGAGGCCGUGGUGUGGUACAGGGGCGCCGCCAGGCUUGACUAUGAUUCCCCGAGGGGCGGCAUUGCUCUUCAGACAGAGAAAACCCCGAGCAGGACAGUCAGUCGGCUCAGGCUCUCGGCAGUCACCCCGACAGACUCCGGCCGCUACACGUGUCGCGGGGAUGCUGGCAGGGCGGCGUCAGUAGUGGUCCACGUACAGUCAGACCAGCCCCGCGCCGCGGUUCACCAAGGGGGUCACAGCGGCUCUCAAACACUGACACCACCUCGCCUGCUCCUCUUCAUCCUCGCUGUCAUCCUCCUGUGUCUCUCUCUCCGAUGACGCAUCUCCACUACUUUCAAAUGGUUCUAAUUGAAUUGACACGGAUUUUUAAGGGUGUUUUUAUGAUUGAAGUAACAUAUUAACGAUAUUUAUUCAUGAUUGUGUGUUUUUAAUGGUUGUAGUGACAGAUCAACAUGUUUUUUUUCUUAUUAACGGGAGAAACACUUGAGAACCCGGCUGAUCAUCUCUAUGGUCUUGGAAAAUGGUCGUGGUUAAGUGACACGGGUUUUUAAGGAUGUUUUUGUUGUUGAAGUGACAGAUUAACAAGAUUUCUACAGUAUUAACAGGAGAAACACUCUUGAGAACCCAGGUAAUCAUAUCUAUGGCCUUUGAAAAUAGUUAUGGUGAGAGAGCAAGAGCCUGCGACCUGCCCUAAGCAUCCCUUUAUUCCGCAAACCUGUGUACUGCAGCCUUCGUGGUGGUGGUGGUGGUGGUGUACAUAGAUAUGGUUUUAGAUGCUAUUUUCAAGGGUAAAGUUUUGGGUUUUAUAGUGGUUUGGGUAUUGAUACUGGAUGUUUGGAUGUGGAGAGAGAGAGAGAGAGAGAGAGAGAGAGAGAGAGAGAGAGAGAGAGAGAGAGAGAGAGAGAGAGAGAGAGAGAGAGAGAGAGAGAGAGAGAGUGUGUGUAUGUGUGUAUUUCUCCCCUUUUCCUCUCAAGAAAAUAUAUUGAGGCAGUAUUUUGUGUUAACCGAGCCACUCAUUAAUCAUUAGUCAUGCAGAGGUACUGGAGGGGUAGGUGGCUGAUUGGCUGACUGGUUGGUUGCUUCGUUGUCAACCAGUUAACCAGCCGUGCCACUUAUGUAUUGAUUAUUCUGUAGUUAUUAUUAUUAUUAUUAUUAUUAUUAUUAUUAUUAUUAUUAUUAUUAGAUGAACAGUUGUUUGAACAUUUUCCGUAGUUACCAUAUUGUUGAAUGUACGCCCCUAUUUUGUGACAAUUCAAAGAUUCUUAUUUAUUUACGUUAGUUUUAGUAUGAUAAAUAGUCCCUUUUUGCCUUCAAUAUCUAUUUCGUAUACUUUCUUGUAUCUUUGUAUCAUAAUUUGACUCGGUGUGUGUGUGUGUGUGUGUGUGUGUGUUGAGCCAGUGUACUGUGUAGUCUUUUACCAUCCUCAUAAUAAACAUAGUCGUAAUUAUGCUGCUAAUUAACUAACAUUUUCGUGGUGGUGGUGGUGGUGGUGGUAGUAGUGGUGGUGUGGUCAUGUCUGAUAAUGAGGAAGGUAAUGUUUGUUUUGUCUUUUCGUGCAGCUAUGCAUUUCCUUAUUUGUUUAUUCAGUUAUUUAUCUAUUAAUUUUCCUAUAUUCUUAAUGAUCUCGUAAAUAUCGUAGUUCCUAAUUAUCGAACAUUCAAACAAUCUUUCUCCAGAAUUAAUGAAGAAUUUCAGUACAGCCGUUAUAGUUCAGCUUACAAGGAAUUUCAGUACAGCCGUUGUAGUUCAGCUUACAAGGAAUUUCAGUACAGCCGUUGUAGUUCAGCUUACAAGGAACAAAACAACCAUUACAAACCACUAACACCACUCGUAGUAAUAGUAGUAGUAGUAGUAGUAGUAGUAGUGGUAGUGGUGGUGGUAGUAGUAUCAGUAGUAUACUCUCUUCAUAAACUAAUUUUCAGUACAGACAACAUAACAUUAAUUUUGCUGACAUGUAACAAAACAAGUACAGAUAACCAACUCCUCAUAGUAGUAGUAAUGGCAGCAGCAGCAGCAGCAGCAGCAGCAGCAGCAGUAGUAGUAGUAGUAGUAGUAGUAGUAGUAGAGUAAAAAUAACUCUUAAGACACACUACAGUAUAUCCAACCUCUUCACUACAACAUCUACGGACACUGAACAACACAGGCAAACCACCAAUAACCUAAAGAACUACACUUCAGUCUCAUUUUCAGGUCAGACGCGGGAACCGAACCAAUACAACGAGAGACGGCGAGGGAGGCUGGCCAGGCGCACUGGGCCUAUUCGCUGGUGGUCGCCGUGCUGGUCACUACUGCUGCUCCCUGCUGUUGCCUCGACGCCACAUGUGCUGGGCCGUUAUCAUCCCUCCCGCUACCUCUUUGCCAACUGCCAACCCCAAGAUAUUCAGAAUAUCGUAAGCGUGGUGUGUGCUACUUUGAGAAGCUCGGCGUUGCAGGAUCCCAGUGGUGUGUGCUACUUUGAGAAGCUCGGCGUUCCAGCAGAGCAAGGCUGCCCCUCUCACCACCGCUACCCAUCGCAGGCCCAAAGUUGCAGUCCUAGGAGAGCCGGAGGCUGGAACAAGACCGUCCAGAAUGAUUAUUAGUGUAUACCAAUGUAAUAAAAAUCACUACUA